GAUACGGGCAUUUGGGAAAGUUUGAAAACAAUAUAUUCAUUAUAUUUUGUAGAAUUGAAUAUUUCGAAUUUUCCUUGCGUGAUAUAUGAGGAAUGAUGACGCGCACAUAUUAUACGUGAUAUCAUAUUAUUUGCAUACUUGGAACGCGCGUGCCUAGUUUACGAUACGCGCAUUACACACCAUGAUACGGAUAUAUCGUUAAGUUCAUACGUAUGUACGUAUGGACAUAUCGUAUACAUAUGCCCAUUGUAUUAGUUCUCCUGUAACUAUGCUAGUGCCGUUGACGAUCAGCUGUCCAACUUUUGGAAUUUAAACAUAUUGCGUUCGCAGAACGGAAACCCGAAUCGGAAAUCAAAGUUACAUAAGACUACGUCUCAGGGAAAUGAAUCACUAUCGUUGUGUAUUUAAGAAGAACCAAAAUAUUUUUAGAUAACUGUCCUUCGUGGAAGGUAAAUUUUUGUGUAUCGGGAGAUUUUAAGUGUCACGCAAUAUUUCAAAUGUCGCUGCCUGUCAGUGUUUCUUUUUCUUUUCUUUCUUUAUAAUUACAUCAGACACAAAUAGAACUUUACGAUUAACUUCAGAUCAAAAUAUACGUUUCAUUUCGUAUUGAGAAUACAGUGUUAUUAUAUAGUGCAAUAAUAAAUCAGGGUUCGAUUGCUUCCAACGAUUUAAAGAAUGUCCAGUAACCCAAUUGAAGUAGAUCCAUUCAGUGAAGUUGCUUUGGAAAUUGAUAUUUGUGAAGGGAAUGGAAAGGCAGACAACGAACAAAGUACACAAAGUACAAAGGAAGGUACAAAAGGUACAAUUAAUGAGGCAACACAUGCAGAACCUCUAACGCCAGAAGAAAUCCGUUGGUUUUACAAAGGUGGAGUCGAUAAAAGAUGGGUAGAAUUUUGUGGAUACGAUAGUUUAAGAAUAGAAGCAGCUUGGCGAGAAAGACAAAGUCUUCUUGGUAAAAAUGAUGGGAAGAGCAAUGAAUUGCCACCUGCCGAGAAAGUUGUCGUUAGAGGAGGAAUGUAUGACACAGAAAUUGAUAAUAUGAAAUGUGUCUCGAUAUAUUGGCCAGGCGAAGAAUGGGAAAUAAUGAGAGGUACAUGGUAUUAUGAUGGUAGUUGGAUACCAUUGGAAAUAGAACAUUCUAAAGUCAUAGAGGAAGUUCAUCUAAAAUUGUUCCCGAAACAAUCUUUGGAACAUUAUAGGUCAACGCCUGAAACAAAUGCCUCUUCUUACUCAUACAAAGUAUUGCACACAGAAUGCUUUCCAGAAUUUCACGUUGACUGGCACUCGAUAGAUUAUGUUGCAUUAUAUAGCGAAUAUACAACAAGUAAAUUAAUGCGCAGUGUUACAUCCAAACUGGGUUUGCCCAAAACCACAGGAUAUCGAUUAAAAAGGGGAUAUAAAGUUCCUGCUACAAUGGAAGAUAAGCCCCAAGAUAUAGACCAUUUAGUCUUUGUCGUUCAUGGAAUUGGUCAUAAGAGAGACACUGGAAAAAUAAUACGCAAUACAACAUCAUUUAGAGAGUGCAUAGAACGGCUGAGACAACGAUUUUUUCCAAAUUCAAAUUACAGAGUUGAGUUUUUUCCCGUUGAAUGGAGAUCAUCUUUGAAACUCGACGGAGACAUAGUCGAAGCUAUUACACCGUACAGCGUUUUAAGUAUCCGUCAUCUAUUAAAUACAUCAGCAAUGGACAUACUUUAUUAUACGAGUCCUCUAUAUGGCGGGGAAGUAAGAGCUGGAUUACAAAAAGAAUUGAAUAGAUUAUAUUUCAUGUUUACCAGCAGACAUCCUGAUUGGAAAGGCAAAGUUUCAAUUUUGGCACAUUCAUUAGGUUGCGUGAUCGUAUACGAUAUAGUCACAGGCUGGAUGGGUCCUGACACAAGACCUCCAUCUCCAGAUCAAGAAGUUUUGUUGCAAGGUUUACAAUUUCCUAUUGAAAACUUGUUUUGUUUGGGCUCUCCUUUGUCAGUGUUUUUAGCAUUGCGCACACGUACACCGUCCAAUAGAUUAGAUGUAAUGCCUCAAGGCUUAUGCAAAAGAUUUUACAAUAUAUUUCAUUGGUCUGAUCCUGUAGCAUAUCGUAUGGAACCACUUUUGGAAAGAGGAUAUAGUAAAGUCGAGCCAGUUGUUAUACCACCGUAUGGAGGAGGAGUUGAUGAAUUGCAAAUAGAACCUUCGUCACUAGUUAACGCGGAUCAAAAUAUAUCUCCCACUGAGACCGAUGAAAGAGAAGAUAGUCCAGUCGAUGUGUCCAGUCGUAAUACGGAGAAAGGAUGGAGCCUUUGGGGUUUAGUUAGAGCUGGUUGGAAUGUUAAAGAAGGCUCAUCUUCACCAACGCCAGAUUCAAAUCCUCCAAUCCGUCCAGGACAAGAGCUAACGCAACGUUUGGAUUACGUUUUACGAGCAGUUGGAUUAGGUAGAAAUUAUUUAUAUGCAGUAGUAGCGCAUACUAGAUAUUGGAGUAAUGAUGAUGUGGCUUAUUUUGUUCUCACAAGACUAUUUCCGACCUUAGAAGCAUGAUGGCGAUAUCAAUGCUUGAAGCAGAAUUUAAGCAGAUUUUAUUAAAUUUACUAGUCGAUUGCUGGCCUUUUAUACCUGAUAUAAACAAUAGGCCUACCACUAAAACAAUCUGUGAUAAUGGAAAAAAACGAUACAAUAACGAUAUAAAAUCUACAUAAAUUGAUGAUUUUAUAUAAUUCACAGUUCAAUAUUAAUAUGGUCAAGUUUUGCAGAUAAAAUAAUAUAUAUAUACAUACAUACAUACAUACAUACAUACAUACAUACAUACAUACAUACAUACAUACAUACAUAUAUAUAUAUAUAUAUAUAUACACAUAUACACAGACAUAUAUGUAUGCGUGGAUGUACGUCGCGUAUGAUGUAUUAACAUAUACAUCAUACGCGACGCGCACCAUACAUAUGUUAACUUUGUAUAUUACUUCAUAUUGUAAGAAAAGUUAGAUAUGUGUUUUCAUCGUCGAUACAUACGUACAUACAAACAUACAACGUAUAACAUACACACAUAUAUACAUACAUACGUGCAUAUAAUGUUUGCGCGCGCGUGUGUGUAAAAUAAUACAUACACACACACACACACACACACACGUAUAUAUAUAUGCCUGUAAAUGCCUGUUUUUAUAACUUAUCGUAAAUAAUUUUCAUUUGUUAUGUUUAAUAACUAUAUAGUUUAUAAUAGAUAUUUAUUUAAGUAUUUAAUCAUAUAGAAUUGUUAAUACCAAAAAUAUACAUGUACAUUAAUUAAUGAGAAAAAAUUAAGAAUUUGGAGUUAACUAUUAAAACUAAAGUUUAAUUUUAAAACAUGCAACAUCUCCCACUUUGAGGAAUGUUUGCAUGAAAAUUGUAAGAACAAUUAUAUUCAUGUAACUCCAUUAUUCAAGUAUAAUAUAUAUUUAGUUACAUUCUGAUAUAAAAAACAAGGAAAGAAUAAAAUGAAAGGAAAAUUGUUGAAUAAUGUACAUGAUUAAACUUAAGGAACACAACAAUAUUCGAACCUUUGAAUAAACAAGAAACAUUACCAGUCA